GCAGUAACAGGCCAGCGUAGCUAAUUUGUCAACCGAGUGUAAAGUCUGGCCGUGGUAAUACCUCUUAAACAUUUCAUGAAACUACGGGAUACAAGAUCAUCGCACUGUAGCCCCCCCCCGCUUUCUCUCACCUGUUCGUUGCCAAGCAACAAAUCAUCAGGUGUCUACAACAAGAGGGUCUCAAGGGUCCACCACAGUCAGGCUAUCGGCACUCGGGGAUAUCAGGUGUAGACAGAUUGCUUGGAUAUGGUUCACUGACAAACAGAGUGACUUUAAAUCUUACUAUAGUCUGUGUAGCUGCUUGCUUGUGCCCUGCUGUCAAUUGAGGUUGAUAUUGCAUUUGCAACAACUGUGGAUUUUGUAGAGAUUUAACCUAGGUUUGCCAUAGAACUAUACCAGCAGCCAUGCAGGACAUCAGACGUGCUAGGACCAUGUACGACAUGUACGCUGAGAAACCCGGCGGUGGAGCUAUCGAGCCUCUCCCAGAAAUCCCCACGGCCUCCAAGCCUGAUAUGCCAGUCGAGGACUACUUUGGGCGUAUGGGCACCAUCCACCCCCUGGCCGGGAGUCAGACAGCCAGGUACCGCUCCUCUUCACCGGGAGGCCACAAACCCCGCCCCCGUACCCGUGGCUCCCUCUCCGCCAGAUCCUCUUCGUUUGACGCCGAUAUGCCUCCCAUGGGCGUCCAUGACGACACCAACCCCUUCACCGGGCCUAUGGACCCCGUCAACCAGCAGUACUACUACAGACAGUGGAAGAUGAAUCUCCCCUCCCCCAAGAGGCCCAUCUACCGUUCAGGCCGUCUCGGCAGUCCGUGGCGUCACGUCAAGUCUUGUAUCAACAAUGGAGGCAGCCAUCUUGUCUUCAUCGACGAUGCGCCCAAGACAGUGAGAGCUAGAGACAAAAGAACUGUAAAGACGGAGGAGAACUUCUUCUAUCCCCCCGAGGACGCCCUCAGUCCCCCCGACCUUUCCAUGUACAUGUCUCCUCGUAUAGCCCAGCGGUCAUUCAACAGGAAGCCAGACCUCACCUCCAGCUUCAACGAGCGGGCGAAACAAAACUUCAAGUACUGGUACAAUGAGCCUAAGCGUAUCAACUUUUCCUCUAAAUACGAUUUCGGAGGUCGAAGUCGUUGGCUUGGAGUAUCUGGUGAAUCCCUUGCUGGUCGAAACCCGAGGUUUACUAUACGUUACUAACGCAGUGGCAGCUAGGUACAGAAUGAAGGCACGUCUGAUGACUAUGGGAGUGUGAAACAGUUGUCUUUCAGGCAGUCUUGCCUUUCAGUGAAGAAUCAAGCCAGUAUCGUCAAUUAUUAAUUUCAUUUUACUUUCUCACUGAUGUAUAGAGAAGUCACCCAAGAGGGCAUUUGCACAUUUAAAACUAUUUCGUAAAUCUACACGGUUCAUAUAGAAUUUGAGUGACAAAAUUUCAAGUUCAUUUUAAGGCUCACUCAGUAUUCAAAGCCACGCAAAUGAAAUAGUAUAUAGUUGUUUGUUCAAUUUGUUACAGCUUCGGACAUUUCAAUGCUAGCAAAAGGGAGACAAACAUGGUAAUCAACCAUCAAAUGAGCACAUAAAUUUUUUUAUUUCAAACAAUGAAAAGAUGCAUGUAAAUUUAGGGAGUCAUGGAUUGAUUUAAAUUCAAGGUCUUUUAAAGGCACAUUAUCCAUUUUCAAGGCCUUUAAAAGACAGAAUCUAACUUCAAGGCCUUUUCGAACAUGUGCGAACCGUGAUCUGUGGAAAGUUGAUAAUAGUACCAUUUUUUUCUAACUUUGUAUGUGUCACUAGUACUCAACUUCUAUGCAUGGUCAUUCCCCCACUGAGAAGUGCUAGUCUGUAAUUGUAAGAAGUAGUGUUACUGUCAACAUUGUUAUAUUUAAGGACUACAAAGCAAACUGACCAAAUCCAUUCAUACUGACAAUAUCAUUUUCUACAUUUCUGCUAAAGAAUCCGAUGAAGUGAAAGUGUACAAAAUUAUGAGGGGUCUCAGGGUCCUUGAGGUCUCUAUGGCAUUAAAAUCUAGGGACCUCCUAAAUAUUGGAUUCUUAGUUUUAGAAAAAGUGUGCUUCGUCUUUCAUUUCUACUUCUGAACAUGCAUAGUAUUAAACCAUGCUCUUUGUAAUCACAUAAGCGCAACAGAAGACACCUAACUGUAAAUCUACCUAUCAGUAUUAAUUUUGAGAGGCCAGAGUGAAUAUAUUUUGCAGUUUUGCAAAGUUAAACUACAUGUAAUAACGGUGACUUUGGCCUUGUUAUUGUACAUUAAUAUCAGCUGGUUUCCGGAAUUGCUCAGACAAAAUUAACCCCAAUUUGCCUUUCAUUUAAAACACACAUUUUGUAAGGUAAAUUAUAGGUGUAUUACUGUUUUGUGCCAAAUAUACUAUCUUCUUGUGUACAAUGCAUUCUUACCCUUUUUAGUUAAUUUUGGAAAUAAAACUGGUCUGGAAUAACUUGAUAACUACAACAUGUAUCUGCUUACCAAACUAGUCCUAGUAAUCCUACCCUGAAACCCAGGCAAAGCAGCUGAUAGGAAUGUACGUACUGGGAUAUGGAGUGGGUAAUCCGAAGAACUGCAUCGCAGUCGGAGCAUCUUGCAAUGGCAGUAUUACACCAUGAAUGUACAUAGCUUUGUUAGUUUAGUCAUGCUUGUUUGACGUUGCUUGCACUAUAUUGAGAACUGAUUCAACCAUUGUACAGAAAUUUCAGCCUAAUAAAAAUUAGAGUUUUACAUA